ACCUGGUUGUGAUGCUUUUCUGCAACAUGCGUGGAGCAUAGAACAGGUUGGAGUUUAGCAAAUAAUUGAACUUUUUUGACACAAUAAAACAAAGUCACCAAAGUAAUAACAGAUUUUCAUUAACAAAGGUCUUAACAACAAAGUUGAUCAUACAACAGAACAAACCGUAACCAACACACAGUACAGAAUCAAAAGUGUCUCUAAGUAAAGGACAGACUUGUACUACAACACAGACACACAGAAUGGAUCGCAAAUUGGGACUUUAAUGGCUCUCAACACUUGUGGCUGCUGCAGACUGAUGGGUGGAGGUUGUCAGUGGGACCACGGACACCUGGCUGGAUGAACCACUCGAUCCAGUAGGAAGAGCGCGGACAUGGCGGCGGACGGUCGAGAGAAAGCCCUGCAGGACUACCGUAAAAAAUUACUCGAACAUAAAGAAGUUGAUGGACGACUGAAAGAACUACGUGAACAGCUACGUGAACAAACAAAACAGUAUGAGAAGUCAGAGAACGAUCUGAAGGCCCUUCAAAGUGUUGGACAGAUUGUUGGAGAAGUUCUGAAACAACUGACCGAGGAGAAGUUUAUAGUCAAAGCAACAAAUGGCCCAAGAUAUGUGGUUGGAUGCCGGAGACAGUUGGACAAGUCUCAGCUAAAACCAGGAACCAGGGUGGCGCUGGACAUGACUACACUCACCAUUAUGCGGUACCUGCCAAGAGAAGUAGACCCUCUGGUGUACAACAUGUCACACGAAGACCCGGGAAGCGUGUCCUACUCUGAGAUUGGUGGUCUGUCUGAACAAAUCAGAGAGCUGAGAGAGGUCAUUGAGCUUCCUCUAACCAACCCUGAGCUCUUCCAGAGAGUGGGAAUUAUCCCACCCAAAGGCUGUCUGCUCUAUGGGCCCCCAGGCACAGGGAAAACACUUCUGGCCAGAGCAGUCGCCAGUCAGCUGGACUGCAACUUUCUUAAGGUUGUCUCCAGCUCCAUCGUAGACAAGUACAUAGGUGAAAGUGCUCGGCUGAUCAGAGAGAUGUUCAACUAUGCCAGAGACCAUCAGCCCUGCAUCAUUUUCAUGGAUGAGAUUGAUGCUAUUGGUGGUCGGCGUUUCUCAGAAGGUACAUCUGCUGACAGAGAGAUCCAGCGAACUUUGAUGGAGCUCCUCAACCAGAUGGACGGCUUUGAUACACUGCAUAGAGUCAAGAUGAUAAUGGCCACAAACAGACCCGACACUCUAGAUCCCGCUCUACUGCGCCCUGGAAGAUUGGACCGUAAAAUUCACAUUGAGCUACCCAAUGAACAGGCUCGCCUGGAUAUCCUGAAGAUUCACUCCAGUCCCAUCACAAAGCAUGGAGAAAUAGACUUCGAAGCAAUCGUGAAGUUGUCCGAUGGUUUCAACGGUGCUGAUCUGAGGAAUGUUUGCACAGAGGCUGGACUGUUUGCAAUCCGUGCAGACCGUGAGUAUGUCACUCAGGAGGACUUCAUGAAAGCUGUGAGGAAGGUGGCAGACUCCAAGAAACUUGAGUCUAAGUUGGAUUACAAACCUGUGUAAAGCAUUUAUCUAUUAAGACGGCUGUGUUAUUGGGGCCUGAUGUCAUGAAGAGGAAAUUAAUCUUGUUUUUCUCACCAUGUUUUUUGCUAUUCUUUAAGGAUCAAAAUGUCCAUUAAUACAAAGAAAUAAAAUCUU